UAACCCUGUCGCGUGCUCCUGUCGGUUCAAAAUCAGAGGCAGUCCGGUCUGUGGAGGUCAGAGAAGCACAGACAUGAAGAACAGAAGUAGUGGCUGUGUGGACAAUCGGCUCAAACAAAGAGUGGAGCAGUAUCUGGCGUCAAGUAACAGUGAAUAUGUGGACCUUUCAGCCAUGGCGCAGGACUUUCAAAGACUGUACAGAAUGGAGUAUGGCAGAAGAAACAAAACAGCUUUUAGGAUUCAAGUAGAGAAAGUGUAUGAAGCAGUCAUGAAGGAGUCUGGCUUGAAUGACCUGGAGGCCAAACAUUUAGCUAAGAGAGCCAAACACAGCCACAAUGACACUGGUGAUGGGAGCAGCAGCUCAGAGGCGUCCUCUGACAGUGAUGAUGACCACCCUCUGGACAACGUUCCCACCAACCACAUGAACAGCUCUCUUACAUCUCUGUACCGGAAGGGAAACCCUGCUCCUAGCAGUCCUGGCAACACAAGCAACCCACUUCCCAGUGCAGAAACCCGGGUUUCCACAGGAGGCUGGUUCAUUGAUAAAUGCCCCGAGAAGAAAAACAUCCUCAUCGACCUGUGUGACGAGGAACCAGCUAAUGCAGCAACAAGUACAGAUUUGUCGAUGCUAGAGCCUGAGAAGUCGCACAAAAAGUCAAAGAAAAGGAGUAAGAACCUAACUGAAACUACAGAGUCUCGCAUCCCCAACAAGAAAGCAAAAUCCAAGUCACCAGAGCUGCUGUAUCCUACUCUGACGUUUGAAGAUGUAGGAGGUAAUGAAGACACAUUAACGGAGGUCUGUAAGCUGCUGAUCCACAUGCGUCACCCAGAGGUGUACCAGCAGCUGGGAAUGGUUCCUCCUCGAGGCUUUCUUCUCCAUGGACCGCCUGGCUGUGGAAAGACCCUGCUGGCUCAGGCCGUGGCUGGAGAGCUACAGUUACCCAUGUUGAAGGUGUCUGCUCCAGAGCUGGUGUCUGGAGUUUCCGGGGAGUCUGAACAGAAGCUCAGGGAACUGUUUGACCUGGCUGUGAGCUCUACCCCAUGUAUCCUGUUCAUCGAUGAGAUAGACGCUAUCACCCCUAAAAGAGAAGUGGCCUCUAAAGACAUGGAAAGGAGGAUUGUAGCCCAGCUGCUGACCUGCAUGGAUGACCUGAACAGUCUGACAGUGACGGCUCAGGUCCUGGUCAUCGGUGCCACCAACAGGCCAGACUCACUGGACCCUGCCCUCCGCAGAGCUGGACGCUUUGACAGAGAGAUCUGCCUGGGUAUCCCAGAUGAAGGAGCUCGUCAGAGGAUCUUGAAGACGUUGUGUCGAAAGCUAAAUCUUCCGGAGGACUUCGACUACCAGAAGCUGGCCCGCCUCACCCCAGGCUACGUAGGUGCAGACCUCAUGGCUCUGUGUCGCGAAGCUGCAAUGAGUGCUGUAAACAGGAUUCUACUGGAAUCAAGGGGACUUCCACAGAGCCAAAACCAGAGCUCUGCUAAAGAUUCUUUACCAAGCAGCGUUCAGACUGAGGCUGCUUUGACAGACGGAGAGGUCGGAGAACAAUCAGACAUCAACCCGGUUCCUCAGGAAGAGUCAGGACAGAAUCACCUGCAGCAGGGGGAGCUGUGGCACCUUUUGCAUCUGCUGAAGAACACAAUGACACUGUCAGAGGAAGAGCUGGCUGGCCUGUCCAUCCUCAUGUCAGAUUUCCAGAGCUCUCUGACCAGCGUCCAGCCCUCAGCUAAGAGGGAGGGAUUUGCUACUGUGCCAGAUGUCACCUGGGAGGAUGUGGGAGCGCUGCAGGACAUCAGAGAGGAGCUCACCAUGGCCAUACUGGCUCCAGUGCGUUGUCCAGAGCAGUUCAGAGCUCUGGGGCUUAGCGCUCCAUCUGGAGUGCUGCUGGCUGGACCUCCAGGAUGUGGAAAAACACUGCUGGCCAAGGCAGUGGCCAAUGAGUCAGGCCUGAACUUCAUCUCUGUCAAGGGUCCAGAGCUGCUCAACAUGUAUGUGGGGGAGAGCGAGCGAGCUGUCAGACAGGUCUUCCAGAGAGGAGGCAACUCAGCUCCUUGUGUUAUCUUCUUUGAUGAGAUUGAUGCUCUGUGUCCACGCCGCUCAGGCCAUGAGUCAGGAGCCACUGUGAGGGUAGUCAAUCAGCUGCUCACGGAGAUGGACGGCUUAGAGACUAGACGGCAGGUCUUCAUUAUGGCUGCGACCAACAGACCAGAUAUCAUCGACCCCGCCCUACUGAGGCCAGGUCGUUUAGAUAAAACCUUGUAUGUCGGUUUGCCACCUCCAGCAGACCGCCAUGCCAUCCUUCUCACCAUUACUAAGGGGGGGACCAAACCGCGGCUUGAGGAGGAUGUCAGUCUUGAAGAGAUCGCCUUUGAUGAGCGCUGCAAUAACUUCACUGGAGCUGACCUGACUGCAUUAGUGAGGGAAGCGUCUGUUAAUGCUCUCAGGGCGUUCCUGAAGUCCCAGCAUUCCUCGGCGGCUUCUUGUGGUCACACUUACCAAUCUGACUCUGUGGCUGAUAUCAGAGUGAGCAAACACAACUUUGAGGAGGCCUUCGGGAAAGUACGUCCAUCUGUGUCCCAGAAGGACCAGAAGAUGUAUGAGCAGCUCAGAGACUCCCUCAGCAGAUGACCGCCAGACCAGAACCACAGACGUCACCAGCAGCAGUUCAGCUUUUACACUGAGACUGGACAAUGAUUGUCAUAUAUGUGCACACAUUUUAUUACACUUAAAUUGCAAUACUGAUUUUAUAAUAAAAGUGAAACAAACUUGCAUGCA